AUGUCGGGCAUCUUCGCGGUCCUGCUCCUCGACAUGGCCAUCAACUGGGUCGGCUGGGCGGCGUCGGUGCUGCUGAAGACCGAGAUGUUCUACGACAUCACCGGCACGGCCACCUUCCUCGUCUCCGUCGUAGGCACCUACUUCUGGGGCACCAUCCCGCACGCCCGGAAGAUCGUCGCCAGCGCCAUGGUCUGCAUCUGGACCCUCCGCCUCGGCUCCUUCCUCCUCUUCCGGGCGGUGAAGACGGGCGGGGACAGUCGGUUCAAGGAGGCGCUGGAGAAGCCCGGGACGUUGUUCAUUUACUGGACACUGCAAGGGCUCUGGUGUUGGAUCGUUGCGAUGCCCGUGCUGAUCGUCAACCGCGCUCCCGCGCUGGGCGCGGCGCUCAAGUGGACGGACAUCGUCGGGCCCGUCCUGUGGGGGACGGGCAUGCUGCUCGAGGCCACCGCGGACAUCCAGAAGUUCAAGUUCAAACAGGACCCUCAGAACAAGGGCAAGUUCAUCGACGUCGGCCUGUUUAAGCUGGCGCGGUACCCGCAGUACCUCGGCGAGAUGUCCGUGUGGUGGGGCACGUUCAUCUUCUGCGCCGGCGCGGGCCUCAGCGGCUGGCAGUACGUCUCGAUCGUGUCCCCUCUUUUCACGAUGGGCCUUGUUCUAGGUCUGUCAGGCAUCCCGAUCCAGGAGCGGCAGGCCAAGGAGCGCUGGGGCGCGGAUCCGGCGUACCAGGAGUACCGGGAGUCGACCAACCUGCUCCUGCCCGUCCCGAAGCUCAUACCGUCGCGACCCAAGGGCCACGACACCUGA